AUGGCCACAAUUACUCCGCCGCUGGUCCGCCAACAAGUUCCGUCCGGUACUCGACAGCAACAGCAGCAGCAGCAGCAGCAGCAACAACAACAACAACAACAACAACAACAACAACAACAACAACAACAGUCCUCUGCUUUUGUUGCUCCAUCAUCAUUAUCAUCAUCAUCAUCAUCAUCCCAGCAAUUCCUUCAAUAUCAACAUCAGCAGCUCUUGAUUAAUCAACCCCCAUCUAGCAUUAAUAACCACCAGUCUUAUUCCAAUUACCCCAUUGCAUUAUCUUCUUCUUCUUCUUCUUCUUCGGUUCCUUCGGUUAAUUCAGUUCCUUCGGCCCCAUCGGCCCCAUCAGUUUAUUCUUCCAGUUCAUCUUCGUCAUCUUCGUCAUCUUCGUCAAGGUCGUCGUCCCCGUCACCAUCAUUGUCGCCGUCUUCUUUGCCGCAGCACCAACAUUACCACCACCACCACCCUAACAACAGCAGUAACAGCUUCAUCAUUAACAAUCACAACCACCAAUUCAACCACCAAUUCCAGCCUUCCGCGGUUGCCGUCGCAGCGCCUGGGCCGUCCGUGAAAAUUUCUUCCUCUUCUUCUUCCUCGUCUUCAUCUUCAUCUUCAUCUUCAUCUUCGUCAACGGCAACUGCCAAAUCCAAAGAGUUUCGUCCUAGAAAAUUUUCCACCACCAGCAACCUUUCUGCUUCUCCUCCAACAAAUUCUUCUUCUUCCUCUUCUUCUACCACCACAAAUACUACUAGUAGUACUACUAAUACUACUACUAACACUACUCCCAUUACUACUACCACCACUAACUCUGCUUAUAUUUCUACUACUUCCUCCCACCCUUCUUCUUCUUCUUCUUCUUCUUCACCACAACCAUCCCCUCUACUGCAAACCCCUCCACAUUUAGCCCAUCAUCAAUCGCUGCCGUCGACCUCAAGGUCUUUCCGGUCUUUUUCCUUCUCAAGGCCUUCUUCUUCUUCUUCUUCCUCUACUUCCUCUUCAUCUUCAUCUUUCUCUUCAUCUUCAUCUUCAUCUUCAUCUUCAUCUUCAUCAUCCUCCUCGGCUAUGCUUCCACCCCCUCCUCCCCAAAAACCCCCCUCGCCGGUCCGGCCUCCUCAGGUCCGAGCUCCGCCUAGGUCCCGGUCUGCUGCAGAUGUCGCAGCCCAUCUAAGGACUCAACAUUACUAUACAGGUCUUCCUCAGAUCCCCACUGCAUCCUCCAAUGCUCCCCCUACAAUCCCCAAUAGUAACUCCUAUAGUAGCAUCAGUAGUUCUUAUAGUACCACCACCAGCAACAAUAGUAGCAGCAGUAGCAUCAACAGCAUUAGCAGCAUCAACAGUAUCAAUAGCAUCCCCACCUCAAACUUCCAAACUAGAAUAUUAGACUCUGGACCUCCACGUCUUAAGUUCUCAGCUAGUAGCUCAGCCAUCGCAUCAAUGACUUCUGGAGGUCCUUCCCAACCUUUCAUAUCUUCUUCUUUUUCCUCUCCCUUUCCCUCUUCUUCAUCUUCUUCAUCUUCUUCUUUUUCUUCUUUUUCUUCAGCAGCUACCACUACCACCCGCAUCCCUGUGUCACCCAAAAAACGUAAAGCAAGCUCUGUCAACUUCUCCAUCUCAUCCAAUGGCCGUGCUGUGGUCUGUGCUGUCCCAACCCCAGACCCAGACGAUUCAACAAAUAAUAGUCUGCUUUUCAGUAAUGAUUAUAGCUACUCUGCAGAUGAUUCUAGCCAAACAAGCCAUCGUACUAAUGAUGAUGAUGACGACGACGACGAUGAUGAAGAUGACGAUGAUGACGAUGACAAUAACAACAACAGUCAUAACCCCCUUCGUCACUACAAAGAUGAAAAUAGCUUCACGGAUCCUUAUUCAGAUCUAUAUACUAUAGCUCGCUCACCAAGUCUUCGCUUCAAGUCUAGACAUGUCGCACCUUCGCCUCCUCGUGGACCCGACCCAGAUGACGCCCUUACAGCUCUAAAGCAUGCAAUGGCUCGCACAUCCACUUCUUCUUCAUCAACUUCUUCUUCAGCAUCCUCUUCUUGCUCCUCCUCCUCCUACAUUACAACCACUCGACCCUCUCGUGCAGCUUCAGUAUCUUCCAUCUCCUCCAUUGCCUCCGCAAAUCCGCCCAUUGGUGGGGUUUCUUCUAAAGCGGGUCCUCGACCCACAAAGAAGCGUGCUUGCUCUCUUUCAACUUCAAUAGCCGAUGCAGGUGGUGGAUCAGCUGCAGUAGCAGGUUUUGCUCCAACUUUGACUGCUUCAACACCCAUCUCACCAACAACUACACCACUGCCUACUCCUAUUCCUACCCCAACCACUGUUUCUGGCUUCCACAGUGUUCCUAUUAGACCAGUGUCUACUUCUACUAGCUCCAAUUCUACCUCAAUUGCACCACCACCAACAUUUACCACAGGUCUAUCGAUUUCUUCUGUUCCAGCCUCUGCUCCAGUCUCGGCUGCUUCUGCAUUUGCAGCAACUUCUGGUUGGCCCACUUCGGUAGCAUCUACCCCUCAGGUCUUACCAACAACAACAGCAGCAUCAUCAUCAUCAUCAUCAUCAUCAACAACACGGCCUCUUAUUCAAGCAUCCGCGGAGACAACGUCUUCGCAUGUUGCUCCUGUUUCUGUUCAAACCUCAAUGAUUCAAAUGCACACUGUUCCUCAGGUCUCACAAACUACUGUUCAAGUUCCAUCUUGCAUUCCUGCAGCCCCUGUUAGUUCAAAUGCACAGACAAUCAAACAACAACAACAACAACAACAACAACAACAGCAUGAAGUGCUGCCACAAACUCCACAGGCACCACCGUCUUAUGCUAAUGCUUCACAGACUCCAUACACCCAAGUUAUCUACCAGCAACAUCAACAUCAACAUCAACCGCUUCCUCUCAAAAGUCCUACUGAGCAUCAUCAUCAACAACAACAUCAUCAACUUCAGCAGAUUCAUCACCAUCAUCAACCACAGCACCAACCCAUGGCCUAUGUCAUGGCUACACCACAGCACCAGCACCAAGCGUCGUCACCACUGUUGACAUCGUUUUCGGCCACCCCUUACACCCCGGCCUCAGCCGCCGGCUCGCCUGCAUCCUAUCCACCCAUGUAUAUACACGACGGCACUACUAACAAUACCAUGACAAGCACUACAAAUAACAACACUACCACCAAUACUAGCAUUAACCUUCAUAGUCAUGCUGUCAAUACCGGUGCUACGGGAGCUCCUGGCGAAGCUGUGCGGUACGUGCUUGUGGAUCCACGCACAGGUGCACUUGUACCGGAGCCCUUGUUGGCUGGCCCACCAGGGACUUCGGCGGAUCAAAUAGUGUAUGCGGGGAAUAAUCAUCAGCAACGCCAUGAGCAAAUAAUACGCUACAUGCAAGCAGCAGCAAUUCCCAGUCCUGGUAAUCCUACAGCUACUACUCAAUCAUCCGAUGGGCCUAUGUUGCAACCGCGGUUCCAAGCGCAGUUUGAAAGCACAAGUCAUGAUGGCAAUGGCCAUAGUCGAAAUAACAGCGUAAACAGCAUAACUUCGAAUAGCACGGCGACUACAGGUACAACCACAGCUGCAUUGAAUACACAAGAAAUGAACCAGAUGAUGGUUGUUCCUGUGGAUAUUAAUGGGAUGCCUCUGGGCAUGUUUGACAUGGGUCCUCCUCCUGCAAGUGUGCCGUUUUCCAUGGUAGGUAUGGCACCACCACAGCAUGCCUCUCCUCCUCCUCCUUCGUCGUCUUCGUCUUCGUCUUCUUCCUCGUCUUCUACUUCUGCUUCUGCUUCUGCUUCUGCUUCUGCUUCUGCUUCUGCUUCUGCUUCUGCUUCUGCUUCUUCUUCUGCUUCUUCUUCUGUGACUACUUCUGUUGCCCAACAGGCACCAACGGCAACCACGCCCAAUGGGUCUUCGGGUCUUACCCCUCAUGGAAUGUCACCUGGAGGGCCUAUGGGGAGCCAUGGGCUACACCAAGGUCAAGUUCCGACACAAGGAUUUGUACAGCAUGGAUUACACCAGGGGAUACACCAAGGAUUGCCACAAGGUUAUUCUCAAGGGUUGCCUCAGGGGUUACAUUCAGGAUUGCACCCGGGACUCGCACAAAGUUUGGCUCAAGGCAUGUCUGUACCUCUACAAGUUUUACAGCAGCAGCAGCAACAACAACAACAACAACAACAGCAGCAGAUUAUGUCGCCUGCUGGAGAGGUAUACAUGUCAGCACCUGUGCAGCAUGGAUACAUGUAA